AUGAAAAGAGUUGAUUCUGCUAAGCAUAUAAAAAAGUAUAUCUAUUUCGAGAACCUAACAUUUUUAGAGAAAACGAUUGGAGGGACCUACGAAACGAGAAAUGGUAUGAAGGAGCCAGAUCACUUCGGGGAAACGAACUGUAGCUUUACACACAGACUUAUGCUUCAUCUAGGGACCUCAAACCAUACAAAACCGCUUUCCUGGUAUCUUUUUUCGCCUUCUCCAGCCCUGAUGCCGUACUUUGCGAUCACUAGCAACCUUCAAGUUGGAGAGAACGAGUUCGUGUGUUUCAUCCAGGCUCAUUCUAGGCCUAGUGACGUGGCUGCAGUGCCAUCAGAUCAACUAACCUCAAGUAGUAUACGUUAA